GAUAGCUUCAGUGCUCGGAAUCCUAGUGAGGUGAACGUGUUCUUGAGACUCUAGCUCCUUUCGGUUCAGUCAUUCAAGAGUCAUUCAGUGCACCAUCUACUUCAGUGACGAUAGGACUAAAAGUUAUCUCUCUUCGAUCCUUUUUUUUUCAUUCACGAUAUUCAGGGCGCCGAGGAAAUUAAUAACAGAAGUGCGUGACCGUGAAAAGUGUUAUCAAUUGCACGUGGAACACGUUCGGACGACUUCGGCCUUUAGCCGAGGGCAAAUUCGUCCAGCCGGUUCCACCCCAAACGCACCCUCGGCAAACGUGGGAAUCUAACCUCAAAAUUCAAUUUGUCAAUAAUAUGAAUGGCAGAGCAAAGAACUGAGAGUUUUUAAAGACGCUAUGUGGUUUUAAAAAUUAUUGUGGUGUCGGGUUAUUUCACCGAUUUGCAAAAGCGUGAAGAGUCAUACAAUAUAAACAUAAAAAAUAAAAGUGCGGAUUUUAUUGAGCUUCGGAGAAGGCACAAUGUCAUUCUUAAAAUCUACCGGCGAUGUGAUAGGAUUUCUUCUGCUCUCAGCGAUGGCAAUUGUUGAGAGCUUGGUCCGGAUGUUCAUACCAUUAAAAUAUAGAAUGAAAAGUGUUUCCGGCGAAAUUGCACUUAUUACUGGAGGAGGCGGUGGACUUGGACGAUUACUUUCUCUUCGCUUGGCUAAUCUUGGUGCCAUUGUUGUUGUUUGGGACAUCAAUAAACAAGGUAUCGAGGAAACGGUGAAAUUGGUACAAGCUUCUGGAGGAACUUGUUACGGGUAUCUCUGUGACCUCUGUGAUCGUGAAGACGUUUACAAAAAAGCGUCAAUUCUCAGAAAAGAAGUUGGAAGAGUCUCGAUUCUUAUCAAUAAUGCCGGAAUAGUUACGGGACAGAAAUUCCUGGACACUCCCGAUAAAAUGAUAAUUCGAACUAUGGACGUGAAUAUUAUGAGUCAUUUUUGGACGGUGAAGGCAUUUUUACCCGAAAUGCUAGAAGAAAAUAAAGGCCACAUAGUCAGUAUAGCAAGUUUAGCAGGACACGCUGGAAUUUAUAAAUUAGUCGAUUAUUGCGCAUCGAAAUUCGCUGCAGUCGGUUUCGAUGAAGCUCUUCGAAUGGAGCUUGAGGCUGAAGGCUACAAUAUUAAUACCACAGUGAUAUGUCCCUACUUUAUUCGCAGUACAGGAAUGUUCGAAGAUGUUCUUUCGAGUUUUGUGCCGACAUUGAGUCCAAAUGAAGUGGCUGACAGUGUCAUCACAGCAAUGAGAUGCAAUGAAAAAUUUGCAAUUCUUCCUGGUUAUUUGCAGAUAAUACUGGCGUUGAAAUGGAUGUUCCCGUGGACGUGCGUAAAAAUGUUUCUCCGGGGUUUGGUAAAAGAUGCAUCUCCAGGUUCAGGAAAACCAAUUGUACUACCAGAAAAAUCAGAAAUCACGAAUGAGCCUACCAAAGAUCAAAAUGGAUCUACAUUACAUCAGCAAUUAACUAGACGUAUUUCUAGUUCCGAACGAAAACCCUAAUUCCAAAAACAUUUUUGUUUUUAUAAAUUUGUCCAUUUUUACCUUCAAUGGACUUGUAAAAAGAAUCAAAGAAGGAUUAUUGCAAAAAAAGAAUUUUAAUUUACUUCAAUUAAUUUUUGAAAUGAAAGAACAAACGCACAAUUUUUUUUUUAACAGUGAGGAAGGAAACGGAAAUUGACGUGAACGAAGCACGCUUUCGCGAGCACCUGCUCAUUCACUAGAACAAUGUGAAUCAAAGGUGUUCGUCUAUGGAGAGAAGAAAAGAAGACGAAAACGGCAAUAAAAAAAAAGUAGCUCAACAUUUUCUUCGUUUUCGCAAAAAUAAUGAAUAAUCCAGAGAAAAUAAUUUACUGUAAUUUUCCCUAUUUUUUUCGUUUCAUUGAAAUUUUUCUUCGAAACUGAAUAAACAAAGUCUUCCAUUUUUUAUAAAGAAAGAACAAACUCAAUACAAAUAAGAAAGAAAAAAAGUUCUUUUUAUCUAUUUCUAAUUAAUUUAAAUUAAAUUUUAGUCAGUGGGACCACAAUAUCAUAUCUUUUUAAUUAUUUAGUUUUAAAUUUAUUUAAAAAAAAUAUAUACAACUACAGUUCAUAGAUUGAACAUGUGACUUUUUUUUCUUGUAAAUUUGUAAAUUUUUAUUUUCAAUUGCCAUUGAAAGAAAUGUCAGGCCUAGUGCCAUUACUUGCCUCUAAAAAUCGCUGAGCGAUUCUUUAUUAUUAACGACUGUAUAGAUAUUAAGAUAUAUUUGAAAACAGAUUUAUUGUAAGAUUGUAUUUUUAGAAUAAAAAAUUUAUCAAGA